CUCAGUCUCAGCUAAGCAGCUACUUUAGUCCCCCAGCAUAAGCACAUUCACAGAGUUCUCCACACGCAGAUGUCUCAACCGUCAUGACAAGGCAGCCUGCUACUGUGUGAGCCAGCCAGAGAGCCUCGGACCGAGAGAAACCCAGAGAGAUUCAGAGAGAAUCAGUGAGGAAAAAGGUGGGAGGGAGAUCAGGAGAAAGAAGAGGAGAAGGCAAAACACAUACAUCGCUGCCACUCUGACGUUUCUGCUCAUGAGCCUAAUCUGGUGUGUUUAAGCGCAGGAAGAAGAGAGAAGAACUGAGGAAGGAAAAUUAAUCCUGGGAGCUUGAUUCAUCUCUUUGCUUUAAUUUUCUCUCUUUUUUUAACUCCAUCGCCCAAUGAAUGAAGACGGCUUCUACUAAUAUGGCACAGUAAAAGAAAGGGAUGCUUUGAACGCUACCUCUCUUUCAACAAGGGACAAGAAAGAGGGAGAGGGGGGAGACAGCAUACAGCAGGGACAAAAAUGGGAUUUCUAGGAUGACUUGUUGUCGACUUGGAAGCAUGGAAUACAAGCCUCACGCUGAAGUCUCUGAAUGAGGGGCCGGGCCUGAGGAUGUAAAACCGUAGGGAGAUUUCGGAUGUCGCUCAUGACGCAUCUUCCAUUGCUUUUGAACACCUUGAGCUGCGAACAUCUCUGUUCCCCAAACCGCAGCGUCUACAGUCAAGCUCAAGACAAAGGCUUGUGGCAGUAUCUGACAGCACAGGAGGACAGGAAAACACAGAAGGAGGGGCCUGUUGUUGCUGCUGCUUGAUCAGGGCUUUGGGUGGCCUGUCAGUGCAAGCAGCUGGAGGAAGGGAAACGGGCAAUGGUGAAGAGUCAUAGAGAUCUUCACUGUUAGGCAGCCCAUCAAGCAUGGAGUGUUGCCUUCUCAGCCAUGCAUCAACAGUAGUGCAGUGAUCCAGUUCUGACUGUGGAUAAUCCUGAGCCAAAUAACCAAUCCUUGAGAUGCCGAAGAGAAGAGAUAUUCUUGCCAUCGUGUUGAUUGUGUUACCUUGGACUCUACUCAUCACUGUUUGGCACCAAAGUGCUAUAGCUCCUCUCCUUGCUAUCCAAAAGGCCUGUCACCACCUAGUUAAAGAGAUCUUUAUCAUUCCAGAGAGGCUUGCGGUCCACCACCACCGACUCUCAGAUGAAGGUGCCGAAGGGAAGAGGGAGACUGGUGGUCAGGACUCCAAAGAAUACUGUGCCUCAGAUAAGGACAUUGUGGAAGUGGUGAGGACAGAGUAUGUGUACACACGGCCUCCACCCUGGUCUGAUGUGCUGCCUACAAUUCACAUCAUAACUCCCACAUACACCCGGCCAGUGCAGAAGGCAGAGCUGACCCGGAUCGCAAAUACUUUCCUCCAUGUCCCCAAUUUGCACUGGAUUUUGAUAGAAGACUCACAGAGAAGAACACCUCUUAUCACGAGUCUCCUCCGAGAGACGGGGCUAAACUACACCCACCUCAACGUGGAAACACCCAAGAGCUUUAAGAUACGAGGUGACACCCGUGACCCCAAAAUUCCCAGGGGGACCAUGCAGCGGAAUCUGGCCCUGCGAUGGCUUAGGGAGACCUUCAAAAACAACAGCAGCCAGCCAGGCAUCGUCUACUUUGCAGACGACGACAACGCGUACAGCCUUGAGCUUUUUGAGGAGAUGAGAUCGACUCGGAAAGUUUCGGUGUGGCCUGUGGCCUUUGUGGGCGGCCUGCGCUACGAGUCCCCCAAGGUAAAUGCAGCUGGAAAGGUCUAUGGCUGGAAGGCAGUGUUUGACCCCCACCGGCCCUUUGCCAUCGACAUGGCUGGCUUUGCCAUCAACCUGAAGCUCAUCCUCUCCAAGCCACAGGCAUACUUUAAGCUCCGUGGAGUAAAGGGAGGCUACCAGGAGAGUAGUUUGCUCCGAGAACUUGUAACACUCAGUGACCUGGAGCCUAAAGCUGCCAACUGCACUAAGAUACUCGUUUGGCACACAAGAACAGAGAAACCCAUCCUUGUAAACGAGGGGAAGAAAGGAUUCACGGAUCCAAACAUGGAGAUUUGAUUGUACCUUCCUUAAACUCUGGUGGUUGGCCUUGCAUCUAUAGUGGGGGGAAGCAGUCAAGUUUUUACAGAACUGCAACCAGUACUGAAGUCUUAAUCCUAAGGAAAGAAAAUGAAGGAGUAUGACAGCGGUAAAAAAUCUGACAUUUUUCAAAGGUGGACCAAAAACAUGUCAAAUAUAUCAUAUCAAAGCACAGCAGAGAUAGAAGCAGCAGCCGUUCUUCGAGUGCUGCUGAAGAGCAAAGGAGACGGAUAACUGUCGAGAUUAACAUGGACGGAAAUGACCUGCACCUUCUCUGAGGGGGGUAAAGACAGCACAAUAUGACAAGCAUAUAGCCAGCAGAUUGGACAAAAACAAGCAGGUUUAAAAAAAACUAUCCUUCAUCUUCGAAUAAAAAAGCAAAGGAUCUGAGACAAAUGGACCAGGAUCUGCACAUUGCACACAAAAGGAGCUUCAGGAUGUGGUACACAUCAUCAGUGCUGGAUUUAAAAAAAAUGUUGUUCACUCACAGCAAGGAAGGAAUGUUCUUCUAAUAACUCCAAAUGUUUGCUGUAAUUUAAUUUAACUAGUUUAGGGGUUCUAUGAACAUUUUGAUCUGUUAGUUCAACUGUACGGACUCAUGCCUUCAUUUACUGUUGGGUUGUCAUUGUCAAUUUUACAUCAUCUUUAAAACUCAUACAUCUACAGCAAGCCAUCCAUACACUUACAGAGAAACUCAACCUGGGUUUUAAAACGGAGAAACAUAAAAAUCAAAUAUUUAUCACUCCUUUUAGCACUUAAAUGGGCCUUUGGGGCUUUUCUUUUGAGGCAGGGUUUAUACAUAUUAAACAAAAUGAGAAAAAUCAAAGGACACAGGGAACAUUUUGAUAAAUGCACUGGAAUCAUUGUACUUAUGUGUAAAUGCAAAACUAUUAAAUUCUUGAAACUGAAACACAACAAAGCUCAGUUACUGUCUACAUUCAUCUUAAAGGAGGACUGGUGGAAUGUCUGAGAUUUUAUUAAGAGAACGUUUAGUUUGUGGCACCUUCGAAAACAAGAACCUUUAAUUCAAGAUCAGAUUCACAAAUAUUGAGUCCUACAGAGGCUCAAAAGUGCCAUAUUGAAAUUAAUUCGUUUGAAAUGGAAAGAAAUAAUACCUUGUUAAAUACAUAAUUAAUAAAACAUGUGAUUUUGUGCUGAAGUGCAACAUAAGUUUUGUUUAUCUGUCAGCUUGCCCAUCAGUCCGGGGAAGGAGCUGGCGGGGAUGUUGAAGAUGACUGGUUUGUCCUGUAGGGAAUUAUUCAGGCUAACAUGUGGGCUCUCCUUGGUUAGAUAUUCAUCUCAUUCCUACAAAUCAUGAUGAAUUUCCUCAUUUAAGUGCAUGACUUUCAGACUAGCAUUUUUGAACAUAAACAAAAGAUCUCUCACAGGAGAAAAUAGAUUAAAAACAUGUGGGAACAACUUUUACACAUUAAACAGGAUAAUACCAUCAUAGCAGAACCUUUAUCUUUUGCAUAUGUGUUGAGCAUUUGAUUAUUCUUAGGUUACAACUUUGCCAGGAUAAAUGCUACAGCAACACCACCAGAAAUAGGGUUGAUGUUUGAGAGCUUUUUUAAGCAGUGGCCAGAUAAGAGUCUCUAAUGUUUUUGGGGUAAUAGGAUUUCAGGAGUUUGAAAUGGCUGAAAUAAAUUUUUUUUUCUAAUUAUGCUUCUUAUUUUUUUUUUUGUUAAACAACCUUAUAUAUACCUCUGGAAGUUCAUGUUAUCAAUUGUUAGCUAUUUAUCAAUAGAUUGAUCUGAUUCAGUAUACAUGCUUUUGAAGCCCUUGCUAAAUGUUGUGUCAGUGAUUUUGAAAUACUGCACCUGUUCUAAUUUUUCUAGCCUAAAUAUGGGAUCCUGGUAACAUUUUAAAAUGGGGCCAGGAGGGAAUGACAGAUAUUCAAAAUGGGGCUCUACUAACAGACAGAAAAGCAUAUAAACAUAAAAAUAAUAAAAUAAAUGUCGCUACUCAUCAAAAAUGGUCUUUGGCUAAAUAAAAUCAAUCCACCACUAAAGUCUGAUUGGUAACCACUGUGACAAUUCAGCUCCUACAAUACACUGCAGCACAUGAAAUAUGGAACAAAAUUUCAAAUGGAUAAAUUAUAUGAAUAUUUUUGAAUACAUUUUUCAUAAUUACCAAAAUGCUCCUUUUUAUUUUGACAAUUAUGACUCCUUUCGGGUAAGCACUGUUAAACGUCUGUAUUUAUUUAUUUAUUUAUUUAUUUGGUGGCACUUUUGACCCUCUAUAGUCUAAAUCCUGAUGUUCACUAUCAUUUACAUUCUUUCAGGUAAACAAGGGUUUCGCUUAAUUAAUACUUUAUAUUGUCUGGGCAUAAUGAGUUUGGAUCAGAUAUUGGUUAAAUGUCAUUAACUACGUAUAAAAAUUAAUAAUAAUUAAAGCAGCAUCAGAUACUGAGUCCAAAACAUUUUUUUAAAAAGCAUAAACAUUAAUGCAUGGCCCUGAAAAUGUGAUAUAUGUACAUUUUAGGUGUACAUUCAGCUCUGAAGUCACUGUAGGCAAAAUGAAAAGCACAACAAAAAUAAACCUUUUUUUUUGUCUGGUUGCAAUGUGGACCCAGUAUCUUUAGUACAGCUUGUGGUAUCUGAUGCAUUUUUAUGUAGCUUCAUGUUGAACAUUAACUGGACCACCAAGGAGACUAUCUGCAGCCGUAACGAUAGACAUCAAUAGUAAUCAUGCAGUAUAGCUGAUCAUUUUUACAAAGUUAUUUCACACCUCAUAAUAUAAUGGAAUCUCUCCUCAGCUUGACAGAUCAUCCAUCUGCAAUACCCAGUGGUGGUCCUUAUCUAUCGCUGUCCCACUGCAGAAGCUGGAGAUAAUUUAAACACUGAGCCUCGGUGCUAUUGCCUGACUCCAUCUGUGCAGCCCCCUAACCUAUAAGACAGAAUGCAAUUUUAACUGCUGCACAAUAAAAAAAUAUUACCAAGAUGUUAUACUUAAGCUUAGUCAGAGAAUCCAGGUUAUUAUCCAUUUUACUUGGUACUGAUUAGACAUUCAUGCAGAAAAAUGGCUGUAUCUCUAACUGCAAUGGGCUGCUUUCAUUGACCGCAUGAUGCUACACCGCACAGGUAUUAGCCAUGAAGAUCACCAGCCACCCUCCAGUUAUUUAUUGAGUGUCAAAAUUUUAUAUAUUUAUUUAUAUAUUUAUUUCAAGUUUGGAUGUGCAAUUAAAAAUCACAGCAGUUGAUGUUUUUUAUCCAGCUGCUCUCUAGAAAAGCAUGCUCACACACAGCAUACAUGGAUUAUUAUGUAGAUCGGUAACAGGACGGGGCACUGUUAGGCAUGUUCUACCUGAGUAGAACAUGCCUAAUGAAAGAAUCCACCUAGAAUAUUUGACACUAAAAACAAUUUUCGUAGUCUGACGUGCAGAGAAUCUAUACAAAAUAACAACAAGUGGUUCUACGUUUCUCCCAACCUGUAUACCUUUCAGGGGACACUAAAUACUGUUCUUUCUGAAUGUUGCUUUUGUCAAGGUGCAGGCUGACUAAUGGUACUGCAGUGUACCGAUCGGCAUGUGGUCGGGCUGGUUGAAUACAAUUAUGUGAUGUAAUUGUGUGUGUUGUGUCCUAGAGCAGCAGAACAAUUCAAAGGGCUUUGCCUCGAACACGAUGUUGCAAAAUCUCUUCAUAUAAUCUUUUUUUAAACAGACACUGCAUAAAGCAAUAGUUUACCUAACCAGCAUUCCCACAUCAAACACUGACAUCUCUAAGGCACAAUACACUUUAAACAUAGUCCUUUUAUCAUCUCCACUGUCAUCAUUCGUUCUCAUUCACUUUUAUGCAUGUGAUUCUUAAGGUUGUUUAUUUGUCACAGCAGCUCUCUCAGAAAAAUGUUAGUUGAAUCAAGAGAAAUAAAUAACUGAGAAGAACCUUCUGUAGCCCAGAGUGUUGUUUCCAGAGGAUGAUUUGUUUUUUUUUUUAACCACACUGUAUGUAUUUCUGUUUCAGGAGUCGAUCCCUUUGGGAUGCAGGUUUGAAAAGGAUUACCAAAAUAAAGGCACAUUGACCGUCA